UGUUUAAUCUGAUAUAUUUACAAUGAAAUUAAUUUAUUUUGGGCGACAGAACUUUAGCCAAUCAGAGCGAAGGGACCAGAGCCCGGGCCCCUGAGGCCCCCCUCCUGUCUGCUCCUGAGGUUGUAUAUGGUGUUGAUGACAAUGAGGACAAUGUUUAUGGCUCACUCUUUUAUAGAGUGAGCCAUAAGGUUGCUCACCCCGCACAUCACCCUGGAGAGAGACAGAGAAAGAGAGACAGAGAGCGAUUGAAAUACUUAAACAGAGAGGAGCUGGCCAAGCUCUCUAACAUCACUUGGAUAUCAAACAAUGGACUCUAACACGACUAUUGUGAGGCCAGAAUAUUUCAUUAUCAGUGGCUUUUCAGGCAUCCCUCAUGUUAACUACUACUAUUUAUUUUUACUGGUGCUCUACAUCGUGUCAGUGGUGGAAAACGGGGUGGUGAUGGCCUUGAUCUGCUUAGACCAGAGUCUCAAGACUCCAAAGUAUAUUGCUGUGUUUAACUUGGCGUUUGUAGACGUGGUCGGCAGCUCCGCCCUGGUGCCCAAGGUUAUCGACACGUUCUGGUUCGACCACAAGUACAUCUCGUACAGCAACUGCUUAACCUAUUUGUUUUUUUAUUAUGUGAUCCUCACCAUGCAGUCUCUUAAUCUGGCUUUACUCUCCUUUGACAGGCUAAUAGCGAUCACCUUUCCAUUGCGCUAUCAGAUCAUUGUGAUUCUGAAGACCAUGUUCUCACUGGUAGCUGCUUGCUGGAUUAUUGCCAUCCUUGUCAACUUGAUAGUUGUAGGGCUUCUAACACGACUGUCCUACUGCAGGUCUGUUGUUAUCAACAGCUAUUUCUGUGACCAUGGGCCGCUCUAUCGACUUGCCUGCAAUGACAAUUGGCCCAAUCAUAUCAUUUCCAUAGUGUUACCAGUUUUAAUUAUUUGGGCUCCAUUGCUCUUUAUCUUGAUAUCUUACAUGUGCAUUGGUGCAGCUUUGGCUAAAAUAGCUGGAGUGCAAGAUAGGAUGAAGGCUUUUAAAACAUGCAGUGCCCAUAUAAUGUUGGUGAUUAUUUAUUACUUACCUAUUCUAGUCACUUUUAGUGUUGCCGCUAAAAUGCCUCGCAAUGCAAGGAUAAUUAGUCUUUCUCUUGCAGCGGUCAUACCUCCAGCUUUGAACCCAUUGAUUUAUGUUCUACAGACUCAGGAAAUCAAACUGUCUCUGAAAAAGGUCUUCAAAAGAAUGAGGCAAUCAAAAAUGUUAUUGAAGUAGAUAAUCAAUAUGUGAUAUUUCAUUUCAGAUAUUGUGUUGAAGCGUACAUUUUUUGUUAGGCAAAACAUUUGUAAUAGUAGUCUAAACAAUAAUCAGUGAAUUUUUGGAAUGAAAACCUUCUAACUGAAGAAUAAUAACUCAACCCAUUUAAUUUGGAUAAGUUAAUGAAAUGUAAUUUUGUGUGAUCUAUAUGACAAAAAGUUAAAAUGGGAUCUUAAAAGAGCUUAUCAUUGUUGAUAUCAGAUAUUUAUGUGUCCAUGUGCUGCUUUGUCGAAUUGCAUGCAAUAACAUUCAGGCUGAUAAUACACUUGCCAACAACUGUUAUUCUUUGGGUUCCAUUGCUAUUUAUCUUGAUCACUUAUGUACAUGUGCAUUGGCACAGCUUUGGUAAAGAUAGCCCAAACCCAAGAUAGAAUAAAGACUUUUAAAACCUGCAGUGCUCAAAUUAUGUUGGUGGCCAUUUAUUAACAACCUAUUCUAAUCGCUUUCACAUUACAUGCUAAAAUACCUCCGUCAGCAUGAUUAAUGUCUCUUGCUGCUGUCCUUCCUCCAGCGUCGAACCGACUCAUUUAUGUUUUACAUACAAACAGUCUCUCAAAGAAAUAUUCACAAGAAUAAAACAAACACAAACUGCCAUGAAGAUAUUGUGUUUUAUUGUACAUCCUUUGUUAGCUGUUUGUUGAGUAAAACAAACAAAUAAAUUAAUUCCCCCUCCUUAAGAUCUUGAUUGAACAGAAUGUCCAAAUUAUUCAUUCAAUAUCAUUAAAAUUUUCACAUUGAAUACAUCUUGUUUACAUUAAAUCAGGCUGGAACAUGAUUCUGUUUGUGAAACACUGUUCAAACUAUUUGAAAAUAACCAAGGAGCUGUAGUAAUGCGUAAAUAAAGUAAAAUAUAAAGGUGUGUUAUUAUUUUAAAUAGUUACGUGUCACUGUGUAGAGUAAAUUGUCGGAAGUUUGUAUACACAAUAUCUUAUCUAUUCUAAUCUUAUAUAGGGCUUAAAGGGGCCCUAUUAUGCCCUUUUUUAUUGUUUAUUAUUUAAUUUGUUUGACCUCAUAGAAUUGAUUUACAACGAUAAAGGGUUGUCUAGCACAUUAUUUUUUCUCCUACUUUUAUGAGUAUUACAACCCCUAUGUGAAACACCCUGUUGCUUAGAAUUUUGAGGCAUUUAGAAUCUUGGUGCUGACAGGGUGCUGACGUCUCUUCAGGCACUCUGUCACUCUGUCUACUAUGGCUUCAGUGCUACCGUACCAAUUUGAGCCUGAGUCGGACCCCGAAAGCGAUAAUGGAGCUGACGACGCUAAUGACGAGCGCGCUGUUAGUCGUAGAAUGGACCAAGACAUUUCACAGUGGUAAGUUUUUGUUUAUGCUAUAAUAUGCACACACGAUUCAUCAUGUAUUUAGCCCAGCUUUUCUGACUUAGCUUGCAGCUAGUAUACUACUCGUACUAUUCAAGCGUCCGUAACAAGCUUUUAUGUCCCGACAUGGCAUAUUGUUGACUACUUUUGUCCGUCAAAAUACACUGUUAUAACUUAUAACAUCCCUACUACCUAGGUGCACCUGUGGGAAUUAUGCCACUAUGCCCAACGAAGUGGAGAACGUCUGCUGUAGAGAAAUUCCAAAGGUAAAACGGAUGAGCUUUAGGCUAAGCUGCACCGUUUGUUGAGAACGAUCUCAUGUCAUAUAUCAAUCAUCUUCGGAGGAUGUUAUGAUAUAUUUAUAUAUAUAUACAGGCGCGUGCCGUCCAUAUGGGCAGGUGGGGCGGCGAACUCCCUGCAAAAGCAUGCUCCCAAAAAAAUAGUUCCUCAGUAAAUCAUUGCUCCAAGUUUAUUAUUAAUAAUGUGAUUGUCACAUUAACUAUCUAUUGUUUCUGUAGGCUUUCCGACUAUUUUUGGUCUGUUGAUAUCAAAUUGAUGGUGGCCAUUCUAGUUGAGUUCUGUUUAACGUGUCAUGCAAUGUGGGGCGGUGGAGCUCAACGACCGCGUCCUUCCGUAUGUUUCUAGCAUAACCCUGCAGGCUGCAAUAAGAAUUGCAAUCCGCGCUAUAAGACGCCCAUAUGGUCGUAAAGUAGUCUGCCCCAUGGUCAUAUUCUAGGACUAUUGUUGU